UUUUUCUUAAAUGAGUCUAUCUUCUCUUCCAGUCUCAGUCUCAGUCUCAGGCAGCAUCAUCUUCGUCUCUCUUCCACUUCUUCUUCUUCAAACCUAGGAGCAUCAUCGUCUAUGGCGGAGGCAGACUGGUCUCAACUCCCAAAGGAUCUACUCACUCUGAUAUCGCAACGAAUUGACACCGAAAUCGAUCUCAUUCGAUUUCGAUCCAUUUGUUCCAAUUGGCGUUCUUCCUCCAUCCCAAAUCACCAUAACAUCUUACCCUUCAAAUUCCCACUCCUCAAAUGUGAAGAUAAUUCCAUCAAAUACAACGACAACGAGAUCAUUGAUUCCAUCAACAACACCGACUCUCUAUUCUGCUACCUUUCCAAACGCAGUAUCUUCCUCGUCAAACCACCACCAUCACAACUAGAGGAAAAACAAACCCUAAUUCCUCGUCGUCCUUGGUUGAUUAGAUUUACUCAAAACUCACAUGGCAAAACCAAACUCUUUCACCCACUCAUCAAAUAUCCCCGACCACAACAAGAAGAAACACUUGCUCAUCCUCGUGUGUUUGACUUCAACAAACUCUCCGUUCUUCACUUAGGAACCGAUUUCAUCCUCGACAAAGUCAACUUCACAUCCCGAAAUCGACAUGGUAUCUACAUGCUUCCUAAAACGGUCCUUGCUGUCACGUGCCAUGGGAAGGACCCUCUCAUACUCGGCUCAUUGGGUUAUUGUUCCUAUCGGCCGCUGCUUUUCCGUGACCGCGAUGAACAUUGGAAACCGAUCCCCAAAAUGUCAUCUCUCUACGGAGACACCUGCGUCUUUAAAGGGCAGUUGUAUGCGGUCCACCAGUCCGGCCAGACUGUUACAAUUGGGCCGGACUCAAGUGUCGAGCUAGCAGCUCAACCUUUGGGUCAUGAUAGUCCUGGGUGGAAUAAAAUGCUAGUGGAGAGUGAGGGUAGGUUGUUGUUAUUAGGUAUUGAGGAGUCAUCUAAUUAUUUUAGUAUUGAUUUUUUUGAGCUUGAUGAGAAGAAGAAGAAGUGGGUGAGGUUGAUGGAUUUUGAUGAGAAGGAGAAGAAGUGGGUGAAGUUGAGGAAUUUCGGGGAUAGGGUUUUUUUCAUUGGGCGUGGAUGUUCGUUUUCUGCUUCUGCUUCAGAUCUAUGUAUUCAAAAAGGAAAUUGUGCAAUCUUCAUUGACGAAUCUGUCCUCCAUAAUAACAAUAUGGUACGAGGGAAGCGUGUUUUUCACUUAGAUCAAGAUCGGCUUUCACGCGGGUCAAAAUAUCUCAACUUGUUCUUGCCACCGGAGUGGAUCCUCAAAAUCUGAACUCUUACAGAACUAUAUGUUUACCAACAAACUCCUAAUUGCAUAUUCAUAUCAAAAGAUGCUGGAAAAUGAGGUUGCAUUUGGAUUGCUGGAUAAGCGUUCUUAUAGAUUUUUAAACUCUCUUAUGUAAGAAAGUUGUUGGUUAUUCAGGGUUUGUUAUGCUAUGUUAUUUUGAUUUGAUGUUGACCUCUUGCAUUAUUACGAUGUUGUAAAGUUGAAACUUAAUUGGUUAGUUGAACAUAUAUCUCAACUUAGUUUACCUAAGGUUGAUCUUUGUUAUGUUAUUUUGUUGUUGACCACCUGCAUUGUUAUGGUGCUGUGAAGUUCAAACUCAGUUCAUCAGUUACACUUAUGUAUCAAUUAAGUUUACUUAAGGUUGAUCUUGGCUUGUGAUA